AUAUAAUAUUAUAUAUAUAUAUAUAUAUACGCUUGGUCUAUGGUUUAUUUUCUUACGUCUAUUUUUUAUUAUAAACUAAUAUACCUUAAUUUUGAGCAGUAGCAAUAGUAGUAAAUGCCAAACAAUAUUUUGUUCUCAUAUUAAUAUUUAAUAGACAAUUCUAUCAUUUUUUUUUUUUUUAUUUAAGUAAAUAAAGUUUAAAUUAAGUAAGGUCUGAAAAUGGUUUUAGCACCAUUAGACCAUUCUGUUCAAACAGAUAUUAUAUUUGUAAUAGAAAAAACUGCAAUGAACACUUACAUUAGUGAACUUAAAACUAAUUAUGUGACUCCAACAUUAGAGUAAGUUUUUUUAUAAAUUUCGAUAACUUUUAUACUUAUAUAAUAUUUACAUAAUUAGGUAAUCCUAAAAUUAAUUUGUUUUUUAAUUUUCUUUAACUGUUAUGUUAAUUAAAGAUACUUUAAUCAAGGACCAAUUGAAGAACGAGAGUAUUUAUCUGAAGUAAGAAAGAAAUCUUAUCAAAUCUUAAAAAAAUUAAUUAAUACAUAAUAUUACAGAGUAGUAGUGCAAUUUACGGAAUUGUAGUGUAUGAAGCAAAUGAUUGUAAACCAUAUCCUUGUUGCCGUACACAUGGAACAUUUACUAGUCCACAAAAAGUUAUAAAAACGAUUGAAAAAAUAGAGUAAGUUUUAAUUAAAUGUUCAUGCUCCUAUUAAGUAAUAUUAUGUUGGAAUUUUAUUUUUUAGUAUGAUUGGUGGUAUGGCAGAAUCGCAUGCUUAUAUGGGCGAAGGCUUAGCAACAGCAUUAGUUUUUUUUGAAGACUUACAAGAAAUACGUGAAGCUAAACAAAGACAUUGUGUAUUAAUUUGUAACUCACCACCUUAUAAUUUUCCAAUUAUGGAAUGUGAAAUGUAUGCUGGACGUAGUGUUGAUCAAAUUGCAAAUCUUUUCCAAGAAGUAUUACAUCUAGUGUACCUAUACUAUAUUAAUAUUUAUAUGUAUUAUAUACAUAUAUUAUGUGUCUUAGAAAGGAAUUUUGCUUUCAAUUUUAUCUGCGAGAAAAACUCCCGCAUUAUUAAAAUUAUUUGAAAAAGCUGGUGGAGAUUUACAAAUUUCACAAAAUAAAAACUAUGCAAAAGAUCCGAGGCAUCUAGUUUUACUCAAUGGUUAUAGGUAAUUAUUUAAUUAAAUAGUUUAAUUACACUGGCAUGUAUCAGUUAUAAUACAAUUUAAAUCAGUUUCAAGUUUUAAUAACUUGAAUGAAUAAGUAUUUUGUCAAAAUUAAAUUAUUAAUAGUUUUAUAUGACAAGGAGAAACAGAGUAUAAUUUUUCUCAAAACUAGAUUUUAUAGUAACAAUUAGAUUUUAUUCACAAUAAUAAUUUUUUUGUCACAAAUAUUAUUUUUAAUAAAAACCUCACAUGAAGUUAUGAGUUUGUUGUUUCUAUCAAAACGUUAUAAAAAAAAAAAUUUGUCUUAAUGUUUUAUUUUUAUAUUAUGUAUUAUAGUCUAAAAGAACGUCCAAUGAGUCCAUGUCCACCUACAACUCAUUCUGGUCUAUCUAUGACAAGUCCAUUAAAUACAAUUGUGAAUAUUGGAUCACCAGUUGCUCAGUGUCCUCCUUUUAGAACUAAUAACCCAGUAUGUAAUUAAACAAAUUAUUAAUUAGUGUUUAAAUUAAUCCAUUACUAUAUAAAGUACAUAAUAUUAUGGUAUAUAUUUUGUCUAUAUUUUAGUAAUUAUUGAACGCCCAAGUAUAUCUCGUACUACUGUAAAUUCUAAAGGCCCUUAUACCCCACAAUAAAAUACAAUGAUUUUCAUUAUCACAAUAAAACUGUUGUGUUUAAAAUUAAGAUUCGUCUUUUACUGACUUGCUUUAUUGUGACAAUGAAAAAAGAUUAAUUACAUUAUAUUGAAUAAGCAGUUUAAAAAACAUUUAUGAAAAUAAUAUCUUGGCAUUUUUUAUAAAAUUUCAAUAUUUCAAUAUAUACUUCUGAUAUUUGAUACUUUAAUUUAUGAUACCGAUAUCUGAUAUUAUAAAUUGAUAACUAUUAAUUAGUAUUGAUAAUAAUUGAUAUAUUGGUUGAAAACUUGAUUUUUUUAUCAUUCUUGAGAUGUCAACAUUUUUCUUUGAAAUUAUUGGUUUUCAAAAAAAUACCAACAUUACCAAUAUUGAAUAUCGGUUUAUGUAUUGACCCGUAAUUAAUUUUUUACCAUUAUUUUUGAAAUAAAAAUAUUAAAUUUUGGUUUUUAACUUUCAAUCCAUAUUUUUAUUUUUGUGUAGGUAUACAGAGAUGUGAGAAUGGGUAUAUUUCUUCAUAAUUUUUAGUCUAACUACUCGUAUCUUAUAUAAUAAAUAGAGUAAAUUGAGGGAAUAAUUUCAUUACAAUAAAAAUAACAAAUUAAAUGUACUUAAAAUAUUUGAAAAUUAUGAAGGAUACAUUUUAUAAUAAAAAAUUAUCUUUUUAUCAGGUAUUGGCAAUGCAAAAUCAAGUUCAGCAACAACAACAGCAACAACAACAACAGCAGCAACAGCAACAUCAACAACAACAACAACAACAACAACAACAACAUCAACAACAACAACAUCAACAACAACAACAUCAACAACAACAACAACAACAUCAACAACAACAAGCUAUUCAGGCAGCUCAACAAGCAGUAGCUGUUGCUCAACAGCAGCAACAACAACAAGCACAACAACCAAUGAUCCGUAAUGUAAUUCCAAACCAACCAUAUCCAAAUGCUGGUGGUUUUGUAAGACCAAAUCAAACACCACGUACUUGGAUGAUGACAUCACAACAACGUCCAAACCAAGCAAGUGCAUUAAUUGCACAAUUAACAACCCCCACAUUCCAACAAAGACUAGAUAGUAAGUACAAUUUUUGUAAUUUAAUUUCUUAAAGUACUAAGUGAAACGUUCAAAAUAUUAUUUUUAUCUAAAAAUUUGUUUCAAGUAAUUUUUUAGAAUAAGUGUUAGGAAUUUAAAAAAAACAUUAAAACAUAUACAUCUUUUAAGAUACCAUGUAAACAAAUAUUAGCUUUUGUUAUUGACAAAAAAACUCAUUUGGGAGAAAAAAAACCAACUUAACUUCAUCACUAUAUUCAGGUCUCAAAUAUAAUUUUAAAACUUUUCUAAUAAUCAUUUAGAUGUACGUUUCAAGUCAAUUUACUAGUUUUUUAUCUAUGAAAUCAUCAUCUUCAAUUGUAUAUUAUUUUCUAAUUUUUAGUUUUUACAGCAGCACUGUACUAUAUUUUGUACACAAAAAAAAUUAACUAUUAUGUAAUAUAAUUUAAUUCUAUUACUUAUAUUUAAAUCAAAAUGCAUUAUUAAUUAAUAAAUAUUAUUAACAAAUACAACCAAAUUGUUUAAAAUAGUUUUUUUGUAAUACACUGAGACUAUGUCUUCAGGAUAUGGUGCGCUAGUAUUAUAUACUAAAAAAUAAAUGAGUAUGUUUUUCUUGUCCUCUAAACAAUAAAAAUGAGUGUAUAAAAAUAAAAAAAAAUUAUAUUAUGAUCUAUUUUGGUACUACAUAAAAUGUUAGCAUUUUACUAAGGUUAAGUUGGGUAAAUUAUUUCAUACAUUUAAUUUUAGGUAAAUUGUUACUAAUCUUAGAUUUGAGUAAUGACUACAUGUUAAACAUUUUUCAUUGACUAUUAUAAUCUACUCUUCCAUUUUAUAUUUUAUUAUAUUUAUAGAUAAAUUUUAUAUAAAUCUGUGCCUUAUUCACAAUAGAUAAAUUUUUAGUGGCAUCGCAACAAACUCAGCACCAACAAGUUCAACAGCAGCAACAAGUUCAGCAACAGCAACAAGUUCAACAACAACAACAAGUACAACAACAACAACAACAACAAGUACAACAGCAGCAGCAGCAGCAGCAGCAGCAACAGCAACAAGCAGCCUUACGAAUGAUGAAUCAACAACAGCAGCAGCAGCAGGUUCAACAACAACAAGUAUGUUAAUAGUUAAUAUAAAUUAAUGUACAAAUGAUGUUAAAUAUGUUACUGUUAUUAGAAUGGGCCUGGAAGGCAAACUAUUUGGACAGGAACAUUAGAAUGGAUAGAAAAGUCUAAGCCUUUGAAUGAAAUACCAAAAAUAACAAGAAAUGUACCAUGUAUAGUAUCAGCUACUGUAAAAAAUGGAGAACCAGAACUGUAACGUAUCAUUACUUCUUUAAAAUUCCAAUUUAAUUAAUAUUUAUGAUGUUUUUUUAUUUACAGAAAAGCAGAAACGUGGCCAGAAAAAUUGAUAAUGCAAUUAAUGCCUAAGAAUUUAAUUGGAAGUAUUGGAGGUGCUCAUUUAAAAGAUUCAAAGUCUGUUGUAUUUCAACCUACGCCAUGUGAAGCAUUAGAAUCAUUGACAAAGUACAUGACUAGUGGAUAUGUAAGAUUCUUUUUUAAAAAUGAUAGUUCAUCAAUAUUUAUAUAAAUUUGUAAUUUGUAGGCUGGAUGUGUACAUUUCAACAGCGCUCCGACAUCUCAUAAUUGUGAUGUAAAAGUUUUAAUAUUACUUUAUACACCAGAUAGGAAAGCCUUCAUUGGUUUCAUUCCAAAUGAUCAAGCUGCUUUUGUCGACAGACUGCGCAAACUUAUACAACAUCAAAAAGCUUCCACAGCUUUGAUACGCCAAGGCCAGGUAAAUUGGUUCAUCUUUAAUCUUUUUUAUUGUUACAUUUUUACUUUUACUUUUAAAUUUUAUUCUUCUUUAUAACUUAUAAUAUAUAUGUGCAACUGAUAUUAUAAUUAUAUUAUUUUAAACCUAUAAAAUAUAUUAAUGAAAAGAAAAUAAGAAUUUCUUAAGUAUAAUAUAUUUUUUCUUUAAUAGUUAUGAUGUUAAAGAAAAAAAAUAUAUAUAUUUAUAUAGAAUGUUUAAAUGUUCUAACAGUAUAAAAUAAAUACUGGUAGGUAAGCGUAUUUAGUUUCUGUGUAGCUUGUAUUUAUGCAAAAAUGAUAAUAGUCAUAGUAAUCCAAAAAUAUCUAUAUAUUGGAACUCACGUUGUAUGCUAUCUACACAAACGUUGAUUGUGUUGUAUUUUAUCUACGUCUCUGACGAUAAAUGUUGGUUAAAUAUUGAUGGUAAACUCUUAUUGUAGGUAUAUAGUUAAGUAUAUGGUACCGACCAAACCCAAUUUCUGGAUAAACUAGUUUAGCCUUUAAAACACUGAUGUAUAUACAUAUAUGUAUGUAUAUAAAUUGUGUGGUCUAACCAGUAACCAAUACAGAACUCCAUUUGGUUUUUUUCUUUUUUUCUGCAACAUUUUGUUUCAACAAUAAUAAGAUUUAAAAGUCAUUUUCGGAUUUCAAAAGAAAAAAAAACCCCAAAAGGAAUGGUGUAGAUUGUGGUUUCAAAAGAUAUGUUUUUGGUGGAGAUAGCAUGUGACGCAGAUUCCAUUACAUUGAUCUAACAUUAUUUUUAAUUAUGUAUUAACAAUAAAUUAAAAUAUAUUAACAUAAAACCCAUAAGCUAGUUAAACUAAGUUAAACUCAAGUUUCUAAUUAUUAAUGUUUAGAAAUAUUUUUUAGUAAAUAGUAAUCUUUUAAUUAUAAAUUUGGUUUGAUCCAUUAAGUAAAAAAAUUUAAUUUUAUUUAUUAUUUUGGACAAAUUAAUACAUAAUAAAAUAUAUAUCAAUAUGUGUUUUAAAAUUAAAUUAAAUUAAGAUUAGGGUUUUACUAAUUAUUAUUUAGUACUGGGGUCGGAAACCUGCAGCUGCUUACCGUGUAAUUUGUAGCUUUUUUGAUAAUGUAUCAAAAUUAAAGACGAAUAUUAGACUUAAAUUUUUAAUGCCUAACCCAUUCCCAAUGAAAUUAGUUUUGUUUUGUCUUUGUGCUUAUUGUCUUAGCGCCAUCUAUGAGUCAUUGAUAACAUUACGAAAAUCAUGUUGGUAUUGCCAAAAUAUUGUUUACAUUCCCUAUACGUACACACACUGUUUGAAAACGCCGAUCUAAAAUGUCUGUUGUAUGAACCAUAUAAACACGCGUCGUUUUGCCGAUUAAUAUCCUGUAUUAACAUUAACUUUAUUGUUUUGAGUUUUUUUACAUUAACAAUCAUUGUUAGUUUCGUUUAAUUCAUCACCAGAAAGCAGAUUAUCUAGAAAGAUGGCAGAUGCUGAUGAUCUUUUGGAUUACGAAGAAGAAGAUCAAACCGAAACCGUCGAAAAUGAUGACAAAAAACAAGCAAAGAAAGAAGUGAAGGGUAACUAUGUAUCUAUCCACAGUUCGGGUUUUCGUGAUUUUUUAUUGAAACCCGAAAUAUUGAGAGCGAUUGUUGACUGUGGUUUUGAACAUCCAUCUGAAGUACAACAUGAAUGUAUUCCUCAGGCUAUGUUGGGCAUGGACAUUCUUUGUCAAGCCAAAUCUGGUAUGGGUAAAACAGCAGUGUUUGUCUUAUCCACUUUGCAACAGUUAGAGGUCUAUGAGAGUGAAGUUUAUGCUCUAGUUUUGUGCCACACCAGAGAAUUGGCUUUCCAGAUCAGUAAAGAAUUUGAACGGUUUACUAAAUAUUUGCCUGCUGUCAAGGUCAGUGUGUUCUUUGGUGGUGUACCGAUUACAAAAGAUGAAGAUACUCUCAAGAAUAACAAGCCUCAUGUAGUUGUAGGAACUCCUGGUCGGAUAUUGGAACUUAUCAGAAAAAAAAAAUUGGUUCUGAAUAACUUGAAGCAUUUUAUUUUGGAUGAAUGUGAUAAAAUGUUAGAAAUACUACAUAUGCGAAGUGAUGUCCAGGAAAUAUUCAAGAACACACCAUUUAACAAACAAGUAAUGAUGUUUAGUGCUACGCUUAGCAAGGACAUACGGCCUGUCUGUAAAAAAUUCAUGCAACAACCUUUAGAGGUAUAUGUUGAUGAUGAUGCAAAAUUAUCAUUACAUGGUCUCCAACAAUACUAUGUCAAACUCACUGAAAAGGAAAAGAAUAAGAAAUUAUUUGAUCUUUUGGAUGAACUAGAAUUUAAUCAGGUAAACUUGAAUUACUUAUUAUUUAUGUACACAUUCAUUGUGGUUGACGCUAAUUGGCGUCAAUGAUGCCUUAUUUUUAAUGCACUAUAACUUAUGUCAAUUUAAUGAUUGAUUAACUUGUUUUUUUCAGCGGAUAAUAAAUAUCAUUUAUAUAAUCUACGAGUGUUGUGUGCUAAUAAAGAAAUGAGUAUGAUAGUAUUAUUUAUAAACCGACCAUUAAAGAGCAGUAGAAUUAUUAUCACCAGUUUCUGUUUCAUCUUCAUCUCAUCUGUUAUUUUUUUUAAUUCUCUAUAAACUUCUUUGUUUUGAUUUCACUAGUAUAUUUUUUAAAUAUAUUUUUCGUAAUUAUUUUGUAAAUAUAAAAUUAAAAGAAGUGCAACUUGAUGAGCUUUAGUAAUUUAUGAGUAUUUUUCAGUAUUUGUUUUUUUCAUUUCUGAAAUCUUCUCAAUCCCCCAACAACUUGCCAAGUAAAUUUUCUUUUGGAUUAUUACAAAAUCACCUAACACAAAAAUAUUGAUGAAAUGAUGUAGUUUAUAGAUAAUUUACAACAAAUGUGCUUAAAUGAAGUCGUAGAAGCCAGCUAGUGUUCUUCAAUGUUAAGUUUACAAGUAAUACUAUCAGUUUUGAUACUUUUGAUACCCUCAUAUACAGUGUUUCCCUCAAAGAUUUCCAUUGUAAUACCUAAAUAUUAAAGAUAAUCAAUUUAUUUUUUAUGUUUGUUUAUAUAUUUAUAUAUAUAUAUAUAUAUACCUUUAUAUUACAGAGAUAAGGACUAAAAUUGUUUAUAUUGCAGUUAAUUUUGUAUGCUUAUAAAUAACUUAAAUUUUUAUUUUAUAGUUGAUUUUCUGGAAAUUUAUAUGUAUCUUCUUUUUAUUUUUAUUAAAUUUGUGAUUUAAUAAUUUUUUUAAGCUCAGAGAAAAGAAAUGUACAGUCAGUUAAUUGUAAAAAUGAUAAUCCAUUAGAAAAUGGAUUACUUCACAUGCUUCAGAAAUAAUAAAAUAACAUUAUUUUUAAUUUUUUUUUUUUUUUAAAAAAAAACUAAGUGCAAUAUAAAUAUUUGUAGUUUUUAUCCCUGUGAGUUAAAGGUACAUGAAAAAACAGAAUUUGAUUAUCUUUACCUUCGGAAAUAUUAAAAUUUGUUUAUCUUCAUGAGACAUGUUGUAUGUAUGUCGUACAUCGAUAUUUCAAUUAGGUUUUCAAUAAGGAAAUUCCCCACAUAUAAACAUAAUGCUUAUAUUAUGAACCACAGUGAAUGUGUUAUUGCAUUAGUGUAUUUUCAUUUAAUAAAAGUUAAAUACUAAUAAAUAAUAAUUUUUAAUUUAGGUUAUUAUUUUUGUGAAAUCUGUUCAACGUUGUGUAGUAUUGACUGAAUUACUUAAUGAACAAAAUUUCCCAUCUGUUGCAAUGCAUGGUGGUAUGUCUCAACAAGAUCGUUUAAAGUUCUAUCAAGAAUUUAAAGAUUUCCAGAAACGGAUACUUGUAGCUACCAAUUUGUUUGGCAGAGGAAUGGACAUUGAACGUGUAAACAUAGUUAUUAACUAUGACAUGCCAGAAGAUACAGAUACAUAUUUACACAGAGUUGCAAGAGCUGGACGUUUUGGUACCAAAGGAUUAGCAAUUACAUUCAUCUGUGAAGAAACUGAUGCAAAGGUUUUGAACAGCGUUCAAGACAGAUUUGAUGUCACCAUUGGUCGAAUGCCCAAUGAAAUUGAGCUUAGUUCUUAUGUUGAGAGAAAAUAGUAACAUUCAAUAUUUUAUUCAAACUUAACAAAAUAAUAAUUAUAUAAAAAACAUAGUUUGACAUGAUUUUCCAGUUCUACAAAAUAUUUUCCUUCAUUUAAAAAUGUAAUAAUCAUUUUGUGGUCUAUAUUACAUAUGAGUAUUUCUGUACCUACUCAUUUUAUAAUAAAAUGAACUUCAGAAAUAUUUUUUUUUUUUUUUUUUGUCCAGUGUAUUGUGUAUGAUUUAAUUUAGAGACAUUAGAUAUUGUCAACAUCUCUUUUACUUAGAAGUUAAGAUUGUACAUAAUAAUGCAACUGACUUAAUUAUUAAACUAAUUUGCAAAUUGUAUUCGUAUUUAAUAUGGUAGUUUUUAUAAUUUUCCAAUAAAUCUAGAAAAGAGUUAAUGGUAGAAUACUUUUACUCUUUUAAUAUGUGUUCUUAUAUUCACCAAUAGUAUUACUGUUUGACAUAAAAAAAUUGUCUUAUUCAAAUUUAUUUUUACAUGUCAAGUGUUUUUUUUUUCAGUUUAACUGUAUUUUAUCUUAAUAUAAUGCAAACAUACAUUUUUAGAAUUUUAAUCUGUAAUCAAGUUUUUAAUAUGUAAAUAUUCGUAUACACCUACCUUUUAAAUCCUAAUUGUUUUAUACAUUACUUUUUCUCUAUUAGUUUGAAUCUUAAUAACUUAAAACUUGUACUAAAUUACUUAAACAAAUAUUUAAAUUAAUAAAUAAACAAUUUUUUAAACCAUCUAUUGUGUCAAACUUAUCUGUUAAUGUGUGUUACAAAUUACUACAGCAUAGCAAAUUGAAUAAACAACAUGCUUUUAUUUUAGUAGGUGACAUUUAGACCUUUGGCUGAUGAUAUUUGUGUGUUGUAAUAAAAUUGUUGAAAACUAUCUGAAAGAAUAAUCUUUAUGUAUAUAAUUUGGUUUUAUGAGCUAUUAGUAUUUAUCCUAAUGUUUCAAUGGUGAUUCAUUUUCAAACUAGUUUUUCUCACUGUAAUAACCAGCAUACUUUUUUACAAAUUUUAUUUUGUAUAAUGCUGACUUCAUUGUAGAUUAUGUAUGUUAUGAUAAAUGAAUACCCGUAAAUCCUAAGUAAACAUCUGCUAAAUAUCCGAAUAUAAACCUAUUGAUGUGAUUGAUUUCAGUAGUAAAACUUAGGAUAUAAAAAAUAGUGUGGCUUUAAAUGAUUAAAGUAGUUGGGACAAUUCCAGUCAUUAAAUACUUAAAUGUAGAAUAGUGUCUUGCAUUAAGAAAAACUUAUGUAAGCAAUAAUGACAUAAAUUUAACACAUUUUUUUUUAUACAUAUUUUACAUUUUAAACCAGGGCUGUAUCCAGAAUUUUAUUUUGGGGAUGAGGGGACUGAUCGAAAUAUACAAUAAAAUUAAGUUGUUUAUUUAUAUAUAAUAUAAAGAAGAAUUAUAAAAAUAAAUUCAAAAUCCUUUCCUACCAGCGAACUAGGUUUCCUACAAACACAAAGGUUAUUAUUGUGGUAGAUUGUACAGGUACACAAAAUAAUAUUGAUGAAAUUAUUUUCAGUAAAGCGUGUGACUGUGUCUAUGAUGCCCAAUAUUCGUUCUCUAGUGUUAAAGUCUUGUCCAUGAGCAAUAAGAGUUAACAAAAUAAAGAUACAAAUUUAAAAUAAAUAAAAUACAAUUUAAGCAUAUUGCAGCAACUCAUAGACCAUGAAAAUUAGAUUUUAUUAAAAUUUUGGAGACUUUACAGCCCCCUCAUAAAUACGUCCCUUUUUAGCGAAUUGUUUUUAUUAAAAAAUAAAUAAAUGUUAUUAAAUUUAUGGAUUUUUUUUUUCUAAAACCAUUUGUAAAAUAUUUUUAUUUCCAAGUAUUACAGCAAUAUAAACCUUAAAUUUCUCAGAAGUAACGUUUUGUUAAAACCAUUAGUCAUUUAAACAUUAUAGGUUAUAGUAGUAGAAAAAGACUGGUUAUACUAGGUGAUCCCAUUUAAGUGGGUACACUCAUCAUCUUGGAAAGUAUUAACUUUUUCCGAAUGAUUUGUUUUCUAGAACAUUUUAGAAACGAGCUGUUUUACAAUUUUAUAUUUACAUUUUUUUUUUUUGUCACCCUCACUUUAGGAAGUAAAACCACUACCAGCUUUUGAUUUUCAAAUGACAACCUAUAUUAAAAAUUCCAUAAAUAAAUGGAGUAUUAGUUAAAAUAAAUUUUAUUACUGAAAUUGUUGUUUUCUGUCAACUGUUGACGAAAUAUUCCACUUUUAAGUUUGGGUUGGGGGAAAGUAGUGGAGUAUCAUUGUGUGGUGGUACCGCGCGCAGUGUGUUAGUAAUGCACCACUACUCUUCUUCCACUUAAAAAAGAAUAUCUCGUCAGUGGCAUGACAGAAAUAAAAAAUUUAAACACUCAAAUUUAUUUUAACUAACACACAAAGGGUGACAAAAAAUAACAGAUAUAAAAUUGUAGAGCAGCUUGUUUCUUAAAUGUUUUAUAAAACAAAUUUCAAAAAACACUUUCCAAGAUAAUGAGUGUACCCACUUAAAUGAAUCACCUAGUAUAUGUUUAAUAUAAAUUUAUAUUUUUAUUUGAACAACAUUGGGCAUCAACAUUCUUUUAAAUAUUUUAAUGUGGACUAUGGCAUCAUAUUAUGAUAUUUGUCCAUGUUAUAGGUACAACAUAUUUAAGUGGAAUAUUCAUUAGAAAAUAUUGUUGUUUCAACAUAUGAAAUAUUUAUGUUUCCUUAUAUGUAUUUUAAAUAAACAUGGUGAACAUCAAUAUUUUCUUAAAAUUUUGUUGAGUAAUUGGUAUGUUAUGUUUUUUUCUUAAUUGUAAGUAAUUGUUCAAUGAUAAAUUUAAAAAGUUAGUAUGUUAAAAUAAUGUUAUUAUAAAAGGUAUUUUUUACACUAUGUUUCUCGUUAAAAAAACUUAUAGGUAUUAAUUUAUACCUGUUGAUUAAUUGUUAUUAUUUGUUUAAAGAAUGUAAUGGGUAUGUCUCAAGGAAAUAUGCCUGGUCAAAUGCAAUUGCCACCUGGUCCAAAUAUGCCUGGUGGACCAGGAUCUAACCAGAUGCCAGGAAUUAUGCCUAACAAUCCUUUAACAGCUUCCUUGCAAACUCAACCACAAUCAAAUUUGGGUAAUUUUUAAAAUAAUUAAAUAUAUUAUAAUUUUAAUUUUAUUGAUCUGUUCUAUUAUAGCUGAUUUGAUGGGGUCUAAUUUUGCACCUCAAGGGAAUCAAGUUGUUUCCAAUAGUCCAUCAGUUCAAAUGAUGUCUAAUCCUCAACCCACUGGACAACCAGUUAAUAAUACUAAUAUGCCUAUACAAGUAAAAUAUAUUUUUUUUAAAUAAUGUGAAUUUGUAUUGUAUUUUCUGGAAUUUGAAUAAGAACACUUUGUUUACAGAGUCCUGGAGUAGUUGGGAAUGUUGGAGUUCGCCCACCGCAAGCUCAAUACAGCGAACAUAUUGAGAUGGCUAGAAAACAAAACUUGGCUAAGAUACAUCAGCUACGACAGACACUAGAAGCAGCACAACAACAAGAAUUACAGUACAAGUCUCAAAUGGAGGUAACUUAGAUAAAUUUGUUAGUUCUUUAAUAGUUUUAUUAUUUUCAUUUUAUAAUACUAUAUAUUUAUCAAUUUAAGAUACAAAGUCAUCAAAUGAAUAUACCCCAAAUGCAACAACGUUUAGAACAAGCUCAAAUGCAAGAAAACAUAUUGAAAUCACAACUUGAGGUAUGUUAAGUAAACAAUUGUUUUAUAUGGUAGAAAUACUUAUAUGGUAUAAUAAUAUGGUAUAGAUUCGUAAUCAAAUGAAUGUGCCCCAAAUGCAACAAAAUCUGGAACAUGCUCAAAUGCAAGAGACUAUAUUAAAAGCUCAAUUGGAAGUGAGUACACUUUCAGUACAAUCAGUGUGUUGGUCUAUUGUUAAGUUUUAAAGAGUACUUUAAUUGCAUAGUAAUUUGUAUACCAUAAUUUAUUCAGUUACUAUAAUUAGUCAAUUUGAUUUUAGCAUCAACAAGAAGAACAGCAUAAAUUGAGAACCCAACAAUUUCAUAUCCACCAACAGCAACAACAGCAACAGCAACAGCAACAAUCAAGACAAAUGGUUCCUGGAAAUCAACCACCACAGAUAAUGGGUAACAGUGCACCACAGCAGAGAAUGCAAAUACGACCUGUAGUAUCCAGUAAUCCCGGUCUUCGCCAUUUAUUACAACAAGUACAUAUGAUUAAACAAUUUUUUCUAUUGCAUACAUUUAUUUUUGUUUAAUUUUUAAUUUCUUUAUUAGCAACCUCAAUAUAGACAUCAAAUUAUGAAUAUGCAACAAGUUCCUGGAGGUCAAACAAGAACAAUGCAACCGCAACAGCAACAACAGUAUGAUGAAGUUCCAUCCUUUGACUUUCUGAACUAGCAUUCAUUUAACAAAAUAUUUAAAAACAUUUUUUAUGAUUCUGAUGGAAUACAAUUUUUUUUUAAAUUUUAAAAUAUAAUACACAAUCUAUUCUAAUAGAAGUAAAAUAAGCGUAUGUGAUAGUGAAAAAAAAUAACAAGAAAUUUUGAUAAAAGAAGCCACGUAUUAUCGACACUUCCUAUGACUUAAAGAAUAUUAUUGCAAUCUCAUUUAAAUAUACAAUUAAUAAAAUGUAUAGAU